AUGCAGCUGCGACGGCGACGGCAGGAGCGGAGCGGCCGCUGCGCAGCGCCUAGAGCGAGCCCCCCUCGGACGGGCCCGCGCGGGCACGGGACAGGCAGCCACGGGAGGAGAGAUUUGAGUUCACUGGAUCAGAGAGCUGAGGGUGUGAAAACGAGGAGAACCUGCAUAAGAGUAAUUUCUCCAGACCUUUUCCCCACCAUGUCUGAUGAAGAUAUUGGCACCACUUUAGCGUAUACCAAGAGCCCCAAGGUCUCCAGAAGAACCACUUUUCAGAAUGAGCUACAAGAAGCAAUUUCUGCUCGUGCAGCAAGACAGCAAACUGCUGAAUACUCAGAUGACUUUGACAGUGAUGAAGAUGAAGAACUUCCUGAAAAUAAUUCAGCUGUUGAAAACACAAAUAAGAAAUCAGUUGCCUUUGAUAUUACCCUCUCGGAUGAUGAGACUACUCAGAAAAAGGCCCUUUUGAAAAGUGAAAUUGCUGAUGACUUGACUUCACUAUUAGAUGAAGAGAAACAUCAACAGAUGACAAUUUUGAAAAGCCAAAACUUGAGUGGAAGCCAAAGCUUGAGUGGUGACAGAGAAGAUGAAACAGAAUGUUCAUUCAUUGAAAAAUUAACUUGUCAUGGUAAUGAAGGUGACUACUGUAAUGAAUCACAAAUGGCUAUACUGCAACAUGAAAGAGAAGAAAUUACUCAACAUGAAUUUGAAAACAAACCAGUACCAAAGCUAAGGGAGCACAGAAUCAAAAAUAUAUCAUCAGCUGAGAAUGUCAGUAUUUCUGCACUGGAUGAUCAUUAUAAACCAUCACCUCAACCAAGAAGUGUCUUAAGAAAGAGCAGCCAUGUAGAAGACAAAGAUGUUGCCAGGGCAGAAGAUAAGGCUUCUUCUAGUUACAGAUUAUCUUCGUUUUCUGCACCAUCCUCCCUGACUAGGCUGAGUGACAAAACAACAACAUCUGAGAGAAGGGCACUUGCUGAAAGCCCUAGUCCUGAGGGUCCAUGGCUAACAAGCUCUCCACCACCGUUCCCUAUUCAUUUUCAUUCAGCUGAUGAAACAUCUGGAGACUCCAAUUUGUUAAUGUGUGGCGAAGGCUCUCCUUCAAAAGCCCAGGAUCAAACAGUAGAUGAUGACUGCAGGGAUUUGAAAUUGGAGAAUAAUGGCAGAAAAUCCCCAUCUGUGAUAGAACUAAUGAUGACUACAGUGUAUGAGAAAACUAAGAAACUACAGAAAUCAACUGAUGACCAGCUUGAAGAAAAUUUGCAAACACUGGAAGAGAAAUUCAUUGCUGAUGGCAUAAAGGAAAUGUCACUGAAUGAUAAAUCUGAAGACAUGGCGGAAAUGAGCACUUCAGAGGACUCGGACAAGAAAGAAUUUGAAUAUAAGGAGACACUUUCACAAAAAGUGAGACCUUCUUCAUCAAGCAGGUCUCUGUCCUCUACAUACUUGAAGAAAGCUGGGAAAACCAUCCCUUCAUCUACAACUACAUCUUCUCAAUACUUGGGAACAUUAAAGGUCUUGGACAAUAAACACUUACAAAAAUACAGUGCUGAGCUUGACAAAGCAGAUAGUCUACGAGCAGCUGUUUAUCAGGAUUGGUUGGAAAAGAAAAGAGUCUUUCUACUGGAACUGCAGAGAAUUAAAAGGAACAAAGCAGAAAAUUUAAAGAAUGCAAAUGAAAAGAAAGAAGCUACUAAGAAAGAAGAAGCAAUUGCAUCUUUUGAAGCCUGGAAGGCAAUGAAAGAAAGAGAAGCAAAAAAGAAACUAGCUGAAAAAAAGAAGUUUGAGGAGUUGAAGAAACGGAGAGCAGCAGAACAGAAUGAAGAGAAAAAAGAAGAAGCUCAAAAGGCAGCAUUUGAAAAAUGGAAAGAAAAGAAAGCAGAAUAUCUAAGAGAGCAAAGUAGAAAGGAAAAACGAGCUGAAAGAAUCAAGAAGAAGAAAGAAGAGGAAGCUAUUGCAGAAAAGAAACGAGACAGCAUAUCUGCCGUUGAUAAAUGGAAUGAGAAAAAGGAAGAAUUUGUAAAACAAAAGAAGACCGAAAAAAUCCAAGAGAAAAGACAGCAAGAAAUAGAACAGGUUGAAAGGGAAGAAAAAGAUAAAAGGGCUCUGGAGGAAUAUGAAAGAUGGCUGGAAAAGAAAGAGAGGAGAGACCAGAUUGAGAAAAAACAAAAGAAGCUCCAGGUUAUCGUUGAGGAUGAAACCCCUCCUCCAUGGAGCCCGCCUGGCAAAGCUGUGUCCUCAAGGAACUACUGA